AAAAUGUGUUUUGUCUUAAUCUCAGAAAGUAUGUCGGCCCAAGUCAGGCUGAGGCUGCUGCCCAGCGUCAGGUGUUUGUUCGACGAGCCCAUCCAGGUGAAGGUGGCCGGUCUGAGGUCCAAGCAGGUGGUCACCAUGAGAGCCAGCUCCACUGACGAGAGAGGAUUGGUGUUCAAUUCUUCUGCAAGCUACCGGGCAGAUGAUAGAGGGGAGAUUGACCUGAAAGCGAGCAGUAAAGGAGUUGGAGUAAUAUCUCAAUCGAAGGGGUGCGACAUUGCUCUUUCACUCGCUGCUUUUGUUCAAGGGAUUGCAGCUGUGGUGUGGAUUAACGGCUGCAGCUCCAACGUCGCCAUUCCCCUCUAUUAUAAGAACCGUCAGAUCCUCUCACCACUGAUGUUUAACUUGAGCAAGGUGAUUCCCACCGAGUCAGGCGCUAAAUUGGUCAAGUAUGUUCUUGAAGACCCUCUGGCUGAGGAGAACCAAGGCAGUGUCAUUCCCAUUGAACGAGCCGAUGGACAUUUCCUCUUUGUGGCUUCUGAGGAUGACCUGAACUGGGACACUUUGCACUGGUUGCUCAGGAGUCCAGUGGUGUGGGGUGGAGAGCCCAAAGCUCAUGCUGCAGCUGAACUCCACCUGUGGAAGAAGAUGCAAGAUUUCCUUCUAGCUCACCUGAGCUGCAGUGCUGCUCACACUCAGUCCAAAUUAUAAAAUUGGUCUCCUCUAGAGGAA